AUGUGCGAGCUAUUCAACGGCAUCUUGCAGCCGCAUGAGAAUAUGCCCGCAUUCUGGGCAUACACGAUGUACUACGCGACACCGUUCACAUACUGGAUCGGUGGCGUACUGACAUCUGUUCUCCGCGGAAUGCCUGUUAUCUGCGACGAAAGCGAACUCACCAUCUUUGAGAGUCCGUCUCAUCUGACAUGUGGCGAAUAUGCCGGGGCAUGGCUCGAGGAGAAAGGCGUGGGCUAUCUACACAACCCCGACGAGUCCGGGAAAUGUGGCUAUUGCGAGUACAGCUACGGAGACGACUAUCUUUCAGGAAUCGGGUUGGAUUCGUCCAAGAUUUGGCCAUUUUUCGGUAUUUUCACGGCAUUUGUGAUUUCCAACUAUCUUAUGGUGUAUUUGCUUGUUUACGUCAAGUCGGUGAUGAAGCCUUUCUGGCGUCGAGGAUAG